GCGUAACACACACCCCAGUGUUCUGAACGAAAUAAUGCCUGCGUUUACAUGCUGCAGAAACGUCACGUCUUCACCGUGUGGAAUGCAGGAAGAGGAAAUGAAUCAACAUGGAGUGUUUACUGUGUUCACAUGGCAAUAUCGUGUUAUUCCUCCGCUUUUUUAUGUUCCAAAACUUGCUGCUAUCCUCCUCAGAUUCGAUCUUUAGAGGAUUCAAUUCUUCAGAUAUUCUUUUGUUUAAUUUUAAAGGCAGAAAUAUUUUUUAAAAUUACAUUUCAACCCAAAAGUAUUAAUUCCGUGUCAUUGCCUUGUCCUCGUUUCCUCUCCUCAGCCGGGCCAAGCUUCACUCUGAUUGGUUGAUGGAGAGAACCAGAGGACCAAUCAGAGGGCUUUGUCUUAACUUAUGCAUUUUUCAGAGCCUGAAUCCGUUUUUACAGUUUAAACACCGGAAUUUUUUUUUUUUUUGGUUCAUCUCCGGGACACACGUCUGUUUUAAAGGAGAAACUCUCUAGACUUUCAGAAAUGUUCCUCGUGCAGAUGAUUUUCAUGAUGAUGCACUUUUGUAAAUUUAAGCCAAUGGAAAAAUACAGAUAUCAUGUAAGUUGUGUAGAAAAGAAUUGUUGUGUAGAUAGUGUGUACAAUAAACGUGUGACACGAUCAGUGACAUCACACCAACGUCCUAAAAGCUUUCUAAUCUUCACAUGGACCCUUCACUCGCACUCUUUACUCGGGCCCUUCACUCUUUACUCGGACCCUUCAUUCUACACAGACCCUUUACUCGGACCCUUCAUUCUACACAGACCCUUUACACGGACCCUUCAUUCUACACAGACCCUUUACUCGGACCCUUCAUUCUACACAGACCCUUCAUUCUACACAGACCCUUUACUCGGACCCUUCAUUCUACACAGACCCUUUACUCGGACCCUUCAUUCUACACAGACCCUUUACUCAGACCCUUUACUCGGACCCUUCAUUCUACACAGACCCUUUACUCGGACCCUUCAUUCUACACGGACCCUUCAUUCUACACAGACCCUUUACACGGACCCUUCAUUCUACACAGACCCUUUACUCAGACCCUUUACUCGGACCCUUCAUUCUACACAGACCCUUUACUCUGACCCUUCAUUCUACACAGACCCUUUACACGGACCCUUCAUUCUACACAGACCCUUUACUCGGACCCUUCAUUCUACACAGACCCUUCAUUCUACACAGACCCUUUACACGGACCCUUCAUUCUACACAGACCCUUUACUCAGACCCUUUACACGGACCCUUCAUUCUACACAGACCCUUUACUCGGACCCUUCAUUCUACACAGACCCUUUACACGGACCCUUCAUUCUACACAGACCCUUUACACGGACCCUUCAUUCUACACAGACUCUUUACUCGGACCCUUCAUUCUACACAGACUCUUUACUCGGACCCUUCAUUCUACACAGACCCUUUACUCGGACCCUUCAUUCUACACAGACCCUUUACUCGGACCCUUCAUUCUACACAGACCCUUUACUCGGACCCUUCAUUCUACACAGACCCUUUACUCGGACCCUUCAUUCUACACAGACCCUUUACUCGGACCCUUCAUUCUACACAGACCCUUUACUCAGACCCUUUACACGGACCCUUCAUUCUACACAGACCCUUCAUUCUACACAGACCCUUUACUCGGACCCUUCAUUCUACACAGACCCUUUACACGGACCCUUCAUUCUACACAGACCCUUUACUCGGACCCUUCAUUCUACACAGACCCUUUACUCGGACCCUUCAUUCUACACAGACCCUUUACUCGGACCCUUCAUUCUACACAGACCCUUUACUCGGACCCUUCAUUCUACACAGACCCUUUACUCGGACCCUUCAUUCUACACAGACCCUUUACUCAGACCCUUUACACGGACCCUUCAUUCUACACAGACCCUUCAUUCUACACAGACCCUUUACUCGGACCCUUCAUUCUACACAGACCCUUCAUUCUACACAGACCCUUUACUCGGACCCUUCAUUCUACACGGACCCUUCAUUCUACACAGACCCUUUACUCGGACCCUUCAUUCUACACGGACCCUUCAUUCUACACAGACCCUUUACUCGGACCCUUCAUUCUACACAGACCCUUUACUCGGACCCUUUACACGGACCCUUCAUUCUACACAGACCCUUUACUCGGACCCUUCAUUCUACACAGACCCUUUACUCGGACCCUUCAUUCUACACAGACCCUUUACUCAGACCCUUCAUUCUACACGGACCCUUCAUUCUACACAGACCCUUUACUCGGACCCUUCAUUCUACACAGACCCUUUACUCGGACCCUUCAUUCUACACAGACCCUUUACUCAGACCCUUUACUCGGACCCUUCAUUCUACACAGACCCUUUACUCAGACCCUUUACUCGGACCCUUCAUUGUACACAGACCCUUUACUCGGACCCUUCAUUCUACACAGACCCUUUACUCAGACCCUUUACUCGGACCCUUCAUUCUACACAGACUCUUUACUCGGACCCUUCACUCUUAACUUGGACUCUUUACUCGGACCCUUCAGGAAGUCACUACAAGGCAACAGAAAUGAUCGGAGGUCAUGACCCCACUGAGUUCUGUUUUUUCCCCAUAUUGUGAUUUUUCUCUCCCCCUUCAGAGGAUUUUAUCUCCUCUCUAAAGAUCAUGAAGAUUUUCCUUUACUGGUUAUUUUUCAUUUAAAUUUCUGGUGUUUAUCCAUGAUGGAAAUCUCUCUCUCGCUUGUACAUACGUCUCUGUCCUCAUGUAGUGUCGUAGUGUUUCAGGAUAUUUGUGUAAAUAAAGGUGUUUUAUUUA